ACACACAUACUCACUCGUCUCUGCACUGCAACUUUCACUCAAGCUGCAGCUCUGCCGAGACUGUUUUGUUUAAAUCAUGCGAGGCUUCAUUAUUUUAAUGAUGAGACAUGAAAUACAUGCAAUCGGAGGAUGCUGAGCGAGACCCGCGCAGCUGAAUGUCUGGAGAAACAGCAGUCAAAGUUAACAAUGAAACUGCAGCAAUUUCCACAUUAUUUUUCCUUCCAGAGCGUCUCGAAAUGUAUUCUCAAUUACCAGGGGAGCAGGUGGAUGGUUCCCCCCCCCCGCUUUAAUCUCAGCACCUCCCUUUAUAACAGUUUAAUUUGUAACUGGCUCUGUUGUUAUUUUGAACCCCUUAGAUGGGGUCCAGCAAUUAGCACUCCUCCAUUGCCACAAAUGGAUGUUUGUUUGUUUUUUGCUUGCUUGUAAGGCAAAGCAAAUGGGGGUGAGAGAGGAGGGGAUAGUGAAAUGCCAAAUACACAGGGGGUAAUACACUGGGAAUCAGUCUGAUGCAGUAUAUUUUUACAUGGGGUAUGUAUGGGGGGCGGGAGGGGUAGCCAGAUUGGUGUUAUGAAAUACUAGAUCUAUUUAUGAUCUUUUUCAUAUUGAACAUGAUAUGGUAGGCUAACGCUGCAUGUGACAGUUUAAUCAAAUCCAUUUGUUACCACGAAGCUAAAAGAGACCGCUGGGAUUAUAGGAUUACGGGCAGAGUUAGGGAAGCAUGUGGUUUUGUCAUUCGCCAUCAUUUUGCACACCGCUACAUUGCAAGUGGCUUGGCUUGUGUUUGUUCCACCAGUCCCCUAACCCCCACCUCCUCCCCACCCCCGUCUCCAAAGUGCACAAUAGCCCAGCUUCGGCUGUCUGGUGUGUGUCUGGCUGCAGCGCAUAGGGCUCCUCGUUUGACCCAAACUGGGGAAACACUUGCUACUUUGGCUGGGAUUUGGUGCUCAGUGAGAAGGCGCUAUCUAGGCACUCUUAAGUCAACUCAUGCAGAAAAAGGAGAAAAGUUUUGGUAUACAAAUGCUCUCAGUCCAGCCAGACACCAAGCCGAAAGGUUGUGCUGGCUGCAACCGUAAGAUCAAGGACAGAUAUCUUCUAAAAGCCCUGGACAAAUAUUGGCAUGAGGACUGCCUGAAGUGUGCUUGCUGUGACUGUCGAUUGGGGGAGGUGGGCUCCACCUUGUACACCAAAGCCAACCUUAUCCUUUGUCGCAGAGACUACUUGAGGUUAUUUGGUGUUACAGGAAACUGUGCUGCUUGCAGUAAGCUCAUACCUGCUUUUGAGAUGGUGAUGAGAGCCAAGGAAAAUGUUUACCACCUGGACUGUUUUGCAUGUCAACUUUGUAAUCAGAGAUUUUGUGUUGGAGACAAAUUUUUCCUAAAGAACAACAUGAUUCUGUGCCAGACAGACUAUGAGGAGGGUUUAAUGAAAGAAGGUUACGCACCCCAGGUUCGCUGAUCUGCCACCACGUCGUUAAGAAUAUAAAGCACUAUGUUCUUUUAUCUUUUUUGCUCAACAUGUAUAUAAGAAAUGACACAGGAUCCUACUGAAUAGCGUAGAUAUAGAGAGACAGGAUGGUCGCGUGGAAUAAAAGGCGGACUGAAUAUGUAUGUAGUGAAAAUUGCUCCAGUUCAGAGUUGAAUGUUUAUUAAAAAGGUAACUGUACAUACUGCUGGAUUUUUAUUUUAUUUUAUUUUUGGGGGCUUGCUAUUGUUUUGUUUUCCUUUUUUGUGUCAUUUGGCAUGAGAUGUUUAUUUUGGACUAUUGUAUAUAAUGUAUUGUAAUAUUUGAAGCACAAAUGUAAUACAGUUUUAUUGUGUUACCAUUUGUGUUCCUGUUUGCUUCUUUGUAUUGUUGCAUUUAGUACAAUCACUGUCUAAACUUACUGUAUAUUUAUGCUUUCUGUAUCUACCAGCUAUUUUAAAUUAGCUGCAUCUUUCUAGUAAAAAGAAUUAAAGAGCAAAUCCCAACCAUUAUG